AUGAUUGCAAAUGACAAGGAAAAAUUGAAUGAACACUGGAAUGAAUUUGAAUCCGCUGCGACUUUAAGUUUUGCACGCUCUUGUAUCGAUAAAGAAAAGCCGGAAACAUCAGAAGAGGAGCCAAUGCCUAAACACGAAUCGGAUUUAGACAAAGUUGACACGAAUCAGAAAACAAAUGAAGAGCUCAAACGGAUUCAAUUCGAAUUGCAGAAACUGAAUGCAAACCGUAUGAUGGCUGGUGAGCAGUUACCAAAAUCCAUACAUAGCUUUGAAAGAGGAGAUACAGUUUUUGCGAUCAGAUAUACAAACGAUAGUGAGAAAGCUGGAAAGAAAGGAAUCAAAAUAGCACAACCGGAAUUACAUCGAUUUUUUCAUCAGUAUGGUUAG